CACCUGGCACUCUCGCCCCAGCCCUGCCCCGGCACGGACGGAGCUGGCGAGUGGCGCCCCGGCCUCUACGUCCGGCUGGUCUCAGAAAGCUGACGGCCGUGGGGGCCCGUGGGCCAGCGUGGCCCAGCCAGCCACAGGCCGCACUGCGGUGCCCAGACCGGAGACCAUGACCCCGAGUGACCGCAGCAAAGAGCCCGAGGCGUCCACGCCGCCCAGGGGCCUGGCGCCGCUGGCGAGGGACCCCCCAGCUCUCGCCUCGCUGCCUGCGACCGAGGACCUGCGAGGACCUGGCGCGGGGCAGAGCCAUGGUGUAGUCACGUCCUCCGUGCCGCCCGUCUCCAGUGCGCCCCGUGCCGCUCCUCCUGCGCUGCCGUCACCGCGGGCCACCGAGGAGAACAGGGACACGGGCAUCACGGCGACGCUGCGCCAGGAGACGGCACGUCCAGGGACCCCUCGCACCACCACGGCGCUGCUCCUUGGCCCUGGCACCCCACGGGCCAGCGCUCCCCAGGGCUCCUUGCCGCCUGCUGCCCUGGAGCCACGUGGGAGCCCCACGUCCACUUUGGAGAGGGGCCUUCCCGGGUCCCCACCUGCCCCAGGACCCUCCAUGCCCAGCUCGUCUCCAUCUUGGAGCGCGGUGACCGCGGGCGCUGCCACGGCUGCAUCCCCCUCGGCCUCGCGGAGCUGGAGCAGAGAGACGGCGAGGCCGGCGCUGGAGCUGUCGGCUGGGCUCACGGGCACCGCGCCGAGGCUGUCCAGCCCCGCCACGGAGCCUGCACCCCCCAGCAGCGUGUGGCAGACCCUCCCGGGCAGCAGCAACACCCCAGGGGCUCAGCCCAGGCCCAGGCACCCUGUCCCCAAGCUGGCAUUGGCCGCUGAGAGCACCGGGGCCCUGCCACGUCCGGCAGCCACAGGCAGCGUCCCGCAGACGUGGGGCCCGCGCCCUGCCCGUCCUGCGAGCAGCACCGGGACGGCAGCUCCUGGUGCCGGCACCCGCGUCGGGGACUCUACGCCAGCAGCGAGACCUGGCCCGGGCAGCGUGACCGAGGCCCCGGCUCCAGCUGGACCCGCUGGGGAUGCCCACGGCGCGGCCCAGCGCGUCUUUGUGGUGGAGGAUCAGCCCCCGCUCCUCAAAGCGCACGUCCUCCGUGUCCCCUGCGAGCUGGUGCUGGAGAUGGAGCUGGUCCCGGCGCUCCAGGACCCAGCGUCGCGGGAGCACCAGGGCCUGGUGCGGUGCUUCAAUGAGACGGUCGCUCCGCUCUUGGCCGCCGUGCCGGGCUUCCAGCGCCUGGAAGUGAAGAGGAUCGGAUGGGAGCAGCCACGGCCCCGCGUGGAGCUGCAGCCCUGGCAGGGUGGCGCGGUCCUGGAGUACGACGCCCUGUUUGCGCUCGAGCGGGGCCGCUGGCCGGUGCCCGGCGUGGGAGCCCUGCUCAACCUGACCGUGCAGUCCAGCCUGCGCAUCGCCAACGCCAGCGUGCUACGUGGCACCGUGCUCGAGACCCGGCUGGACCCCUGCGCACUGCUCUUCGCAUGCCCAGCCGGGUUUGAGUGCGUCGGCCGUGGAGACGGGAAUGCCAGCUGCACGUCCGUGUGCCACCGUGACUACUGCAAGAACCACGGCAUCUGCAUGCACCCCCGGGGCCGUGAGCCCGUGUGCCAGUGCCCGGUGGGCAGCGACUACUGGUUCAUGGGGCUGCGCUGCGACUACAAGGUGACGCACCAGGGGCUGCUGGGCGCAGCCUGCGGGGUGCUGCUCAGCGUGGUGCUGGUGGGCGCUGUCAUUGCCGGCCUGGUCAUCCGGCGAGUCAAGACCCUGCUGCUGGAGGCCAAGGUCGACCAGACCAAGAGCAGCUACAGGCGGUUCUGCCGGCUGGACGAUGUCUCAGCUCAGUACUGGUCGCAGUCCUGGCUGGCCUCUGCCAACUCCUUGGACAACCCGGCCUUCUGCCCCUCCGAGGAGGUGCUGCACCUGCAGGUGCUGGACAACGGCUGCUGCAGCUGCAAGGACGACUCCCUGCUCACCGACGGCUGCAAGCCACAGCCCACACUGCCCCUCCGUGCCACCUGCCAGCCCAGUUUCCACUAUGACUGGGAAACGAGUUCCAGCAGCAUGAACGACCCCAUGAUCGACUCGGGGAAAGCCAGUGACAUUUCUGUGUCCAGCUGGCCCAUGGAGCCCAUUCAGUGGACGCCGUUUCCGCUCCUGCACCAGCUUUCCCGACAGCGGCCGCACAAAGCCCGGCGGCCUCACUCCUACUGUGAGGGCAUGGAGCUGGUCAAUCUGGAAAGGAGCUGGACAGCCUAGACGGCAGCCGACACACCACAGGCAACUCCAUUCAGCUUUUAAAACCAACCACGUUUUAUUUUCACAUAACAAGCUCGGUGAAGGAAUCUCAAACACUUGGACAAUACAAUCAAUGCAGGUAUGAUGUCAGUUUUACUCAGUGCAGGAGUCCUGAAGAUUAUCAGCUAAACUUUUCGACAUGAUUUCAGACCGGACUUUGGAAGCCAGCUUUGGUUUGGGACAGCAUCGUUAGCAGUAAAGUAGUUACAGAGAAGUGUCAAGGGACACGCAAUGCUGGCAUCCGACAGAGUUAACGACUUAUACCUGGUGGGUUGUGAAGAAAAGUCUUUAAGUUUCUGAACGUCGCAUCAUACUAUGUACAUAGAUGGUCUGCCCUACAGCCAUUUCAGAACAAGCUAAGCCACUGUGAAGAUUGAAAUACAAAUUCCGCACUGCUGCAUUGUUCAUCGUGAUUCAUGUCAAUGAGGUAUAAAUUUUAACACUAGGACAUUUUUAAGUAUUAAACUUUUAUUUUCCAAAAUGCUCUCCUCAUUUGCAAGUGUCCUGUCGAGGAUCUAGCUGGGCACAGAUGGUGGGGGCAGAUGAAAGCGAGGGCUUGCGAAGUACGGCAGGGGCUAGGACAACGCGAUCCUGAAGGUGCUCACACAAGAAGAGGGGAAGGAAAAGCAAGCUGCAGUUUCCUAAGCUUAUAAUCUCAUCUCCGAGUGGGUGCAGAGGGAGAUCUGACGAUAAAAUGCAGGGUUACUUCUUAAAAAUUAAUGCGUCAGAAUAAAAGAAAACCAGACUAUGGGAAUACACAGCAAAUAGCAUCAUCGUGAUAUUUUCAUAGUAUAGAAAACAGCCUACAAAUAAAAAUCACAAAAAAUAGACAGUUAUAUGCUGAGCAGCCAGAAAUGUCAUGAUUUAUUAAUAUCUGGAGAAACUUCAUAAUUCAAACACAACCAAACUGUACAUUUUACAAUCACAUUCUAUUUGUAAACAGUUAAAAGCCACUGACUUCUUUUGCAUCUUAGGACACAAACAGUUAGAAUCAAGGCAAUGAAAUGAUGGCGAUUUCUGCACUGUUAAAAUUUUUUUACCCUUGCCUAGUCUCUCAGUCUUUGACCAAGCAAGCUUCAUAUAAUAAUACCAUUUGUGGCAAAAAGAUGUAACUCGUUACUUUUGCAAGAAAGUAGUUGCGAGAACUCUUUAAACAUUUAAAACUUUUUAUACAACAAACAAUUCUGUAAGCCCAAUAACUUGGUUACAGUAUGCAUAGUUACUCAGAUCGGCUUUAAGGUACAACAGUUAAACGUUAACACAGUCACAAGAGCAGAAACGGAGCCACUCGAUGGGAUUACAAAAAAAUUGUAUAACUAUAGAUUAUUAGCAAACCACCACCACUCACUAAUAAAAAGACAGCGUCAGAAAGCAGUGUGUCAAACUCCAGCUUGAAGCGAUUUUUUGGCAGAGAAAAGUCUUACAGAGCAAUAAGUAGUAUCAGUGCUAAAAGUUGAGUUUUUUUUUCCUAUAAGAAACUACAAGGAGUUUUUACUGGGGAACUGGUUUUCCUGAGAGCCAUGCUCUUUGAUUUAGGAGACAGGAAUAGAAAACAAAAGGACAUGGCCAAACACUGUUCGUUAUUCCCAGAGAUAGAAAGCAUCUUUUUCAUUCUCAAUUUUUUUUGUCUUUUUAAAAAUUUUUAAAAUGAUGGAAGAGUAAACAUCUUUCUCAAAAACAAAAACAAAAUAUUCUGUAAACAAGGAGGCCCUGACACGGGUGCCCCCAAAACAAAAUUGAAAGCCUAUUGAAAGUGCAGGACCCCCCCUGGCUGGCAGGCUGGGUUGCAAGUCACAGCUGUGGCCACAGUUUUUUAAACUGUAGAGCUAAAUUCUUUAGUUUUACACAUGAAAAAACUGGUGCAAUACUUUCAUUCAUAAUCCUAAGUCAGUAUCAUAACUUGUUCUUGAAACGCCACAAUACCACAAUAAGGUAGGCAUACAUCAAGGCAUAGUAGGGAGCGCACACUGUUUUUAAGAACAUCCUUGAGUAAACAUUUACACGUGAACUGCUGCCUCCCCGAUAUUGCCGAUUAGACAGAGAGAACAUCAUUCAGUGCAAAAGUUAAAAAGCUCAUACUCCAACAUCAUCAGCAAAAUGCAAAAAAAAAA